CUCCGCUCCCCGCCAACUCGCCUUCCUUUCACCUUUCGCCAUGGUCCCCAAGCCCGUCUGGCAUGACCGCCCCGUCGAGAAGACGUACGACCCCGAGGUCAAGACCGACGCCGCCGUCCCCGAGCUCGAGACGCCGCUCGCGACCAAGGUGAGCGGCCGCUGGUGGAAGGGCGACAACAAGCCGACGGUCCGCACCUCGGCCGGGAGCAAGAACAAGGACCAGCUCGACAAGGCGUGGAAGGCGCGAGCCGAGCGCAACCAGCGCGACAAGGCCGUCAAGCUCAUCGAGAAGGAGAUCAAGGAGGAGAAGGUCGCCGACCUCGAGCGCAAGAAGGAGAUCACGAAGCAGCGCCGCGAGCGCGAGGCCGAGAAGCUUCGCCUUGAGCAGAUGGCGGCACGGAUGAGCGCAAAGAAGCUGCAGCGCAUGAAGAAGCGCCUCGGCCGCAGCAAGAAGGUUGCCGGCUGAGCGUUUCUGCGUUCCCUCGUCCUGCGGGCGGUCUCUCCCCUCCUGUUGUACCUCCUUCCUCCUCCUCUCCUGUUGUAAUGGGUACACCGGGUCAAGCUCACGUCUCGUCAGCGAGCCGCACUGGACCCGUUCGUCU